ACUUUCUGAGCGCUACAGCUGCCUCUGUUCUUGCUGCCAAUGCUUUGCUUGUUUAUUUCUUUUUCCGUGCCAUUGCUUCCUGAUAUUCCCUGCGACAUUGCAAGGAAGCCAAUGGCCCUUGGUCGGAUUUUGCUUAGUAUAUAAUUGGCUGGAAAAGGAAGUGUAGAGCGCUUCGGAGCCUCAUGUUCGUCCACUCUGCUCUCUGCUGUCAUCUCUCAUUUCUUCGAUAUCGACUGUGUUCGUGACCAGCCAUGCAAAGCUAUUCAACUUAUCCCUAUUAUCCCGGCCAGCAGCAGCAGCAGCAGCAACAGCAACAGCAAUACUUCUCUCCUCCAUCGUACCCUGCUGGGGCGAACAGUGGCUACUCGCCCUUUGUCAACUACGGCGGACAGCGUUUAGCAAAUCAAGGUCCUUAUACCAACGGAACUCCUUACCCAAACAAUGCUGCAUCGUUUCCACCCAAUUCUACGCCUUUUCCCCAGCCAAAGCCCUUCAUUCCACCCGACCUCGUAGCUCAGAUAACACCUUCAAAGUCGACGACCAAGCCGCCCAAGGCCGCAAAACAGAGAUCAUCAACAAUUCCUGCCCACGGCCCUGCUCCAGUGAAAUCUGCCAUCAAGAGAUCGUCUACCGCAAACGCUAUGCCUACGCAUCAGGUCAGGCUGGAGAGGCAGCGGACGUCAAGUGGAGCUAGCAGGCCAGCAACUGCCCCAUCGAGGGAAACUGUGACGCGAACGAGAACAAGGUCGGAUGCUCAGUCUGCGGUGGCAAAGGCGAAAGCUUCAUUUCAAUCCUGCCAGAUGUUUAUGACCUUUCACGGGAACAAUGAACUCAUCGUUGAACAUAUAACAGAGGCUGCGAUGACUGAAAUAAGGCAACAAAUAUUCGGGAUUUGGAAAGACGGCAUUGAAAGCGAUGAACAGCGAGACUCCAUAUGGCGGGUAAAGUUCAAGAACACUCCGUGGAACAUGUCUGGUCCGCACAAGAAAAGGGCUUGGGACAUGAUUGUGACCCUGUUCCGGGUAUUCGCAAUACGGGGAUAUGCGUUUCAAACUAGCAUCAAUAUUGGUUUCCAGCCCCCACGACUCGUUUUCGUGGCUCGCGCUGUCGACAAAACUGCUCGCUUCUUUCUCGCGUUCUUCUCCAAAGGUGGACUGCGGGUCAACUUGAUACAUCCUCCGUCUGUCGUUCAAGAGUCCAUCGGGCACGCACUGAUGGAGGCUUUCCCCGAUUUGAUUGCUUAUGAUGAGGACAUUGAUCAUAUUCGAUCGAUAGAACUAAAGCGAGAGGCAACUAGAAGAACGCGCCGACUGAAUUUUGAACCUACCCAAUCAUCGGCGUCGACGGUGGAUGCUAGUUACUUUCUUCUCCGCGUCCUCCGAGCACUCAGUGACGUUGGCUUCAAUUUGGAGACUACGAUACCUCUGGGAAGCAACUCGAACUGGACUCUACGUUCCAGCACGGAUAUAGGAACACACAGGGAGCUUUACGUCUUCAAAGGUGUCCCUUCGCACCGAGUCGGCUGAAUUGUUGAAUGAAAUGAGCUUAUGUACUAUAU